GCGAGCAUGCAGGAACUGCCCGCCCCGCUAUCAGAUGCCAAACAAACUGACAUCAUUAGCGGAGCUGCAGCUCGAGACAUUACAAACUCCUCAUCCUUCCUCCACCGCAUCUCAUACAGCUUGUGGCUCACGAGGCUCCUGCUGCGAACAAUAAGACCGUCUCUGCUUCCGCGCCUGGGCAUACGCAAGCACACCUCGGACCACCGCCGAGGCUUGAAGACCAGCAUGGCAGCGCUGUCGCCGGACCUGAUAGUGAGGGCGCUGCGGCAGUACACAACAUGCGACGUCUCGGAUGCGCUGUGUAAGCUCAAGGUCCGCAACGGCGGCUUCCUCUCGGGCCUUACCCUCUGGUCGCCGCAACGCCAGGACGGGCCGACCAAGAUCGUCGGGCCGGCGUACACGGUCAAAUACGUGCCCAACGAGGACCCGGCUCCGAAGCACCCGACUCACUAUAUCGACUCCGUCCCACAGGGCGCCGUAAUCUUCGUUUCCUGCCCGCCCCGGACGCCCAACGCCGUCUACGGCGGCCUCAUGUCGACGCGGGCGCGGGCCAGCGGCGCCGUCGGGUCCGUCAUCGACGGCCGGUUCCGGGACCUGCAGGAGCAGCGGGACCUGGGGUAUCCGAUCUUUGCCAGAGACGUCGGCACCGCGCCGCCGGCCGAGCUGCUCAAGGUCGCGGCCGUCAACGUGCCCGUGAGGCUGGCCACGGACGAGCAGGACGCGACCAUAAACCCCGGCGAUUACCUGAUCGGCGACCUCAACGGCGUCGUGGCGCUGCCGCGCGAGCUGGCGGAGCGGGCGCUACCGCUCAUGGCGGCGCAGGUCGAGGCCGACACCAAGAUGGCCGAGGCCAUUGGGAAGGGGAUGAGCUUCAGCGAGGCCAGCAAGAAGUUCAGGUCGUGA